CUGUACUGCAGCUAUGAUGGUUCCUCUGGCUCUGAAGGCUUCGGAGAGUGAGUAAGAGAGAGAUGGUGCAGUGUGGAGGACCAGUCUGGCCUUACUAACUGCUCUUCAAUGCCACUCACUUGUCGCUUCUUUGUUCUUUUAAAUCCUCAACAUCUCUGUUUUCCCAUCAUGAACUCCAUUUUCUUAAACUCUCAGUCUGGGUUUUUCUUCUUUUAGGUUUCAGAUUCAGACCCAGUAUUUUUAAGCAUGUCACUCCUUUCCCAGCCAGGCCAAGCACAUUUCAUGGCUUAUGGGGUGAAGAGAAAUAUGGUGGCAUCUAAUAAGAAGGAAACUCAUGUUGGUUUUCCUUCCUCUCCUCAUUUAGCUAAAACUUGGGUUGGAAGGAAACAAGGGCAUAAAGUGAUUGUUGCAGCAACCGCCACUGAGGCCAAUGUAUUUCCUACAGAGCCACUGACAAAAGAGGAUCUUGUAGGAUACUUUGCCUCUGGGUGCAAGCCUAGGGAGGAAUGGAGAAUAGGAACUGAACAUGAAAAGUUUGGUUUUCAGUUGAGAACUUUAUGUCCCAUAACAUAUAAACAAAUAGAAGAGUUACUCAAUAGUGUUGCUGCAAUAUAUGAUUGGGGAAAAGUAAUGGAAGGUGACAACCUUGUAGGACUCAAAAAGGGUAAGCUAAGCAUAUCAUUGGAGACUGGUGGUCAGCUUGAGCUUAGUGGGGCACCUGUCAAAACAUUACAUGAAACUUAUGCCGAGAUUAAAUCACACCUAUGUCAGGUGAAAGUUGUUGCAACGAAAAUGGGAAUUGGAUUCUUAGGAAUAGGUUUCCAGCCCAAAGCGGGACUUAAGGACAUGCCUAGGAUGCCCAAGCCACAUCUAGAGAUUUUAGCAAGAUACUUUGAUAAAGAUGGCUCAGUUGGAAUCGAUACAAUGUGUAGGACAUGCACUGUUCAGGUUAAUCUGGAUUACAGUUCAGAAGCCGACAUGAUCAAGAAAUUCCGUGCUAGUCUGGCUUUGCAGCCUAUAGCAACAGCACUAUUUGCAAAUUCACCUUUUUCUGAAGGAAAGCCAAAUGGUUACUACAGCUUGAGAAGCCAUAUAUGGACUGCUAAUGAUAAAUGUCGUAUUGGCAUGCUUCCCUUUGUUUUCGAUGACUCCUUUGGGUUUGAAAGAUAUGUUGAUUAUGCUCUUGAUGUUCCAAUGCUUUACAUUUACAAGGAAAAGAAAUAUAUCGACUGUGCUGGAAUGUCAUUUCGGGACUUUAUGGCAGGAAAACUUCCUUGUCUACCGGGUGAAUUGCCAACACUCAAUGAUUGGGAGAAUCAUUUGAGAACAUUAUAUCCUGAGGUUCGGAUGAAGACAUUCUUAGAGAUGAGAGGUGCUGACGCAGGGCCUCUGGCAAUGUUAUGCGCUUUGCCAGCAUUUUGGGUAGGUUUAUUAUAUGAUGAGGUUUCACUACAAAAUGUUCUAGGCAUGAUAGCCGAUUGGACCGUGGAAGAACGAGAGAUGCUGAGGAAUAAGGUUCCUAAGACUGGUCUAAAAACACCAUUUCGGGAUGGAUUGCUAAGGCAUGUUGCUGAAGAAGUUGUCAAGUGGGCGAAGGAUGGCUUGGAAAGAAGAGGCUUUAAAGAAUCAGGGUUCCUGGAUGAGGUGGCUGAGGUGGCAAAAGCAGGAGUGACACCUGCUGAGAAACUUUUGGAGAUGCACCAGAGGAAGUGGAGACAAUGUGUGGAUCCUCUCUUCCAUGAGCUACUCUAUUGAUGAGGAAGAGAAAAACUCCACUGGACCUCAAGUUGCUCAGCAACUUUACAACUAAGGAAGCCCAACAAUCAAGCAAACCUCAUCAAUCUAUACUAAGACUACUGUCUAUACAGCAAACCUCAGCAAUCUAUACAAAGACUACUCUCUAUACAGCAAACCAGCAGCACAGCAGUAGCUCAACAAGUAGAACAGAAGCAACACAGCAUCAAACAACAGAACCGCCAAAAGCAAAAUGCAGCACUCCGAAGCAAAAAAACUUGUUGAGAAUAAAGUUGUAUAUUGAAUCACAUUGAAGGGGCUUAUAUAUACAAGCCAAUAAUACAGAUAGAUACAUAGU